UGGGAGAUGGCAACGGCUACAGAGAAUGGCCUUAGAGAGAUAGAGAUAGUGAUGAGCCCAACUUACCGAUCAGAACAACAAUAACUAAGCUUGGGUGCUCGCUGGAAACGUCAAAAUACGGCCGUACUUUUGUUCGCCUAAUCGUGCAGCACGCGAGAAUUUCGGCUCGGCGGAACGGACUCCCCAGUUCGAUUAUGUAGUGCGUCGAAAACCAUGAAGACGAUAGAGGGAAAAGUAGUGAUGCUGGGUUCGCAAGGAGUUGGUAAAACGAGCUUGAUCGGGCGUUACUUGGGAAGUUUCGAACAUGCAAGUCCCACGAUAGGCGCAUCUUUCUUCAAUUGCAAGAUCAACUUGGAUGACGCGAGGAUAAAAUUGCAAGUGUGGGACACGGCUGGCCAGGAGAGAUUUCGCUCCAUGGCGCCGAUGUACUACAGGAACUCCAACGCGGCUAUGCUGGUGUUCGAUCUUACGCAGUACAGCACCUUCGCCGCAAUCAAGGGUUGGGUGAAGGAGCUGCAACAGAAUGUGGAGGAGACGAUGGUGCUAACCUUGAUCGGCAACAAGUCCGAUCUGGUGCAACAGCGUCAGGUUGACGGUGAGGAGGGUCGGAAGUACGCCACGACAAUUGGUGCUACAUAUCAUGAGAUUUCGGUGCUGCAAAACGAGGGGGUGGAGACCGUUUUCCUGGCGAUCGCUAUGAGCCUACGGAGAAUAGCGUCGGACAGUAACGAUGUGAACACUACCCUCAAGAUUUCUGACUCCAAUAGCUUCCUUAAAAACGAUGAUAUGCUUCUCUCGCCCUCCGUCGAGGAGAGCGCGCAGAACACUAGUAUUGCACACGGCAUACACGAGAAGCCGUUUACCUGCUGCUAGUUCUAGUUAAUUAAAAAAAAAGACGGCAAUAAUUAGAUGAAAAUCGCGCCUUGUUUAGGAAUCUGCGUCAAUUACCAAAGAGUUUACGACCAAUUGUUGCUUGCCGCGCCUUGCGGAUUGUUUCGUUAGUGAGCCGCUAAAUUUUUCUCAUACGACGCGCUUCCGUAUUCAAGAUGCAAAUAUAUAUGCAUAUAACAUAUAUGCAGAGCGAACGAACAUCCGCUCUUCCAAGCAACUUGGUAUUAGUUUGAUCGGCAAGAAGUCGAUUAGUUAAAUCCUUUUUAUGACAAUGCUCGCAUUGAUUUAGCGCGAAAAUUAAGUCGACGAUGUCGACGAUAAAACUUAUAUACGAGACGAAUUUUCCAUAUAAAUGUGUAAUAAAAGUUAGCUAGACAGGUAGAAAAAAACCAUAUUUUUUGUAAGUAUAUCAAAUUUGUUAUAGAUCUUAUAUGGGACAAAUAAAGCGGUAUGUAAAUUCAAAUUAAAAUGAUUAAGAGUUAUGAUGACAAAUUGGAAAAUGUAGCAUUCUGAAGCUCCGUUGUCAACUGCAAACUGUGUUCAAAAUCUUUUAAUUUGAUAAGUUUCAAUGUAUCCUAAUUCUACUUCAUAAUGUGAUAGUAGAAAUGUGUGAUUUUACAUAUUGUGCAAAAAUUGAUUAGUGCACGUAAUGAUCAUGCAGCUUGCCAUUAGAAAGCUAAUCUUCAUAAAUUACAGCUAAUUAUUUUAUGAAUAACAUUACUUUUACUCUAUUACUGUAUUUUGAUAAUUUUAUACAAAACAACAGUAUUCCACGUCGAUGCGUGAAUUAUUUAUGAAUGACAUAGCAUAGAUUUAUAUGUUAUUAAUAGUUUUCGCGAAGACUGCUAAACUUUAAGUUUAAACAUUUUUCUUUCAGGCGAUGCAUAAUAUUUUCGAUAUUUUUAGGAAAAAUCCUAACUUAAUUUUUGUUUAUAUUGUGAUACACAUAUUCGCGUCGUCGAACACAUUUCUAAAAAAAGGUUUUAUAUCCAACAAAAGAAUAUACAUAUUUAUGAUAUAAAAAAA